AAAGUUUCUGUCGUGUUUUUCAGCUCACGAGGCUCCGAGGGGCGAAUCUCCUCCGCUGAUCUCUUCAAAGUCUCCCUGCAGCCCCGUCACGCAGCGCAAGACGUCUGUUCAUAAGGAGCCUCCAUCUGUGACUCCCUCCAGAGACCAAAAUGAUGAAGAAGAGCUCAGUCCAGAGGUGAACGGUAAUGAGGUUCAGUCGUCUGUCAUCACCGGCAAAUACAAAGUGGGAAAAGUCAUCGGAGACGGAAACUUCGCUGUGGUCAGAGAGUGUGUGGAGAGGUCUACAGAGACAGGAGUACGCACUGAAGAUCAUAGAUAAGGCCAAGUGCAGUGGAAAGGAGCAUCUGAUAGCCAAUGAGGUGUCGAUACUGCGCAGAGUUCGCCACCCCAGCAUCAUUAUGCUAAUAGAGGAGCUGGACACGCCCACUGAGCUUUACUUGGUCAUGGAGUUGGUCAAGGGUGGUGACCUGUUUGAUGCCAUUACUUGCUCCACCAAAUACACAGAGCGAGACGCCAGUGCCAUGCUGUUCAACCUGACCGGAGCGCUGCGAUACCUGCACAGAAUGAACAUCGUACACCGAGAUAUUAAACCAGAGAACCUGCUGGUGUGCGAGUAUCCGGAUGGCACCAAGUCUCUGAAAUUGGGGGAUUUUGGUCUGGCUACAGUAGUGGAGGGUCCGCUGUACACCGUCUGCGGGACGCCAACUUACGUCGCUCCAGAGAUUAUCGCCGAGUCUGGGUACGGGCUGAAGGUGGACAUCUGGGCGGCGGGUGUGAUCACGUAUAUCCUGCUGUGUGGUUUUCCACCAUUCCGCAGCGAGAAGAACCAGCAGGAGGAGCUGUUCGAGCAGAUCUUACUGGGAAAACUGGACUUCCCCUCCCCGUACUGGGACAAUAUCAGCGACUCGGCUAAGGAUUUAAUCGGGAAGAUGCUGCAGGUGGAUGUUGGAGAUCGAUACACAGCUGACGAGGUGCUGGAACACUGCUGGGUCAAGGACGAGACUGCGAUGGACACUAAUAUGGUGUGUGAAAUGGAAGACAGUGUUGAAUCAGAAAACACACACAACAACACAGGAGCAGAUGCUGAGGUGGAUCAUCUCCAUGAUCAAAGCUGGCAGUAGUUUGAUGAAUCUCUCCGGAGGCGCAGAAGAACAGAAACCCUGAAGACCACCACAAACCUCAACAACAACACUGAGACCAGACCAGACCAGACCAGACCGGCAUCUCUCCGUAUCUGUCAUCAUUCUGCAUCCAUACACAGAAUUUCCAAAUGCAUCACGAUUCGCUCUUUUGAAUGGGUUGAGCUUAGUUUUCAACACCAGAUGGCGCUGUUCACUCUAGAUCAACCGCUGAGCUCUGCUUUCCCGGUGGUCAGUAAGCCAAUAUUUUAUUACAUCACAUUUUCUACAUUGAUGGAUGAGUGACCGCACGGGCAUUGCCGACAAAGAGUGUGUGUUUGUGUGCAUGGAGAUGUAUUAUCCACCCUCCCUGUUAAACUUGAUCUAAUCCAUGUCCUGAAACAGCCCCUCUCCUGCUUUCACUGCUCAUACUGACGGAGGGAGCGAUUCGUUUGUGAAUGAAUCUCCGUUAUGAACGACUCGUUCACUUAGCUGACAAUAAUACACGUUUCUGGCACUGCAGUGUCUUGUUGUAAUGUAAUUUCAUUCAACACAACUAGCAUAAGCCUGGUAUUUAGUGUGAGUUGGUGCAACUUUCCCUUAUGGUCAGUGCAGUAAGAGACUGUAUCGUCAUCAAUAACGUUACUUGUUGAGCACAAGAGUUCAUAACAUAGAAAAGCGUAAAAAACUAAAUCUUACCUAUAAAAUGUUCUGCCUUGGUGCUUUUGCUUUCUUUCUUUGCUCGUUACUACACUCGUACACAGCACUAAAGUCCAGCAUCUUCACACUGGCACAUUGUCUUCAAUGCCAUUUGUCCCAAGAGCACUGUACAAAUGUGGCGGCGCUACUGACGCAUGCUCAGGGUCCGUAUGUGAUAUCUAGUGUAUAUAUCUAUGCUACAGCGCCAUCUGUUGUUAAACACGAGCCUUGAGAGCCACAUACGAUUUAAAAACUAGCCUACAGCGCCAUCUGCUGUUAAACAGAAGCCUACAGCGCCAUCUGCUGUUAAACACGAGCCUUGAGAGCCACAUACGAUUUAAAAACUAGCCUACAGCGCCAUCUGCUGUUAAACAGAAGCCUACAGCGCCAUCUGCUGUUAAACACGAGCCUUGAGAGCCACAUACGAUUUAAAAACUAGCCUACAGCGCCAUCUGCUGUUAAAACAGACGCCUACAGCGCCAUCUGCUGUUAAACACGAGCCUUGAGAGCCACAUACGGUUUAAAAACUAGCCUACAGCGCCAUCUGUUGUUAAACACGAGCCUUGAGAGCCACAUACGAUUUAUAAACUAGCCUACAGCGCCAUCUGCUGUUAAACACGAGCCUUGAGAGCCACAUACGAUUUAUAAACUAGCCUACAGCACCAUCUGCUGUUAAACACGAGCCUUGAGAGCCACAUACGAUUUAAAAACUAGCCUACAGCGCCAUCUGCUGUUAAAUGCUAGCCUUGAGAGCCACAUACUGUUUAAAAACUAGCCUGGAGUGCCAUCUACCAUCCAUUCCAGAGUGAAUUAUAAUGUAAAUUCUGGAAAUUUAAGAAAGGAUCCAUUAAUUGUGAUGCAUCCAUUUCUCAUCGCAGCCCUCCAGUUUUGUCGACCACAUCAGUAUUACUUGCAGUCCUCGUAUUGUAGUAUUACUGAGAUUCUGAAAGUUGCAUUAAAAAGGAGAAAUAAGUAGAAAGGAUAUCCUUUUAGACAAAACUGAAACAAAACAGCACUACUGUGCCAAUCUUAAUGGAGCUGGAUGUUUGUUUUGGACAGUCUGACUGAAUGUAAUCUACAAUGUUUAUCCUGCUCAAUAGGGUAUAUGCUGAAGUAUGCUAAUAGGACUUUUAAUUUGUCCGUAACCUGGGUUAAACGCUUCCGGUGAACUGAAGGCCAUUGCAAAAUCGACACCUUUAAGGUCUGUUUUCUAAAAAAUCAGCGAUCUCCACUGGCUGAGUGAUAUCUGAUAUAAAGUGGGUCUCAGAUUGUAGAAGAAGCACUGCAUUACAUUACAUUUCCCCCGCCGUGUCUUUAUAAUAUGAGCAUUUAUUUUACCCCAGUAUAUUCAAUAGAGCUUCUGUGACAGCCUGCCGAUUCUGAUGGGCGCGUGCGAGUAACUGACUUACGCUUGAGCUACUAAAUGAAUGCCAAAGUCUAUUUAACUGAAUAUAUUUUAAUGACUUUACAACAUCAAUGCUGUAAUAGGAACCGUAUAAAAUGAAAAAAAAGGUCACCGGAUGUUUAUCAGUAUGGGAACAACACUAGCUCAGCAUAUACCCUAUUGUGUGCAAUCUGAUUCCAGAUUUUGAACAUUUUAUGAAUUGUAAACACUGCAAUUUGAUUUUCAUAUUUACGCAUGCAUCUAUAUGUUACAGACUGAAAACAGUAAACAAAUAGACAAAAAUGGGUUGUUUAGCAAUUAUUAGUAAUUUAAGAAUGUCCCAUUUUUUCUAAAUUACGUCCAAUAUUGUGAUAAAUCAGAUGAAACUGAGGGUGCUUUCACACCUAGACUGUUGUUUAGGAUUGUGGUGCAUUUCCCAAGCUAGCGCGGUUUGUUUGGCAUAUGUGAAUCCAGUAAUCGCGCUCAGAUCCACGCUAAAACAAUCAGUCUGAGAGCGGAUUGAUUGUGAAAAAGUGAUAUGAUCCGAACCAGGCUUUAUCAGGCUAGAGUAUUCCGGAUAUGUAAUAGGCAUAUGGCUAUAUGAAGAGAGAAUUAGGAGUAGGGCGGGAUGUCAUUCCUACCGAUAAAUAUGCGUUUCAUGUCAAAUACAAAAGUGAAAGCAUCUCAAUUAUUAACGAGAGCUGUUUAUCCAUUAGGAAAUCUGACCGAAGAGCAGGCUUGGUUUAUUUACAUUUACAUUUAGUCAUUUAGCAGACGCUUUUAUCCAAAGGGACUUACAAAUGAGGACAAGGAAGCAAUUUACACAACUAUAAGAGCAACAAUGAAGAAGUGCUAUAGUCAAGUUUCAGGUGCGUAAAGUGCAAGAAGCAAAACAUUAGUAAUUUUUUUUUUUGUACAAUUAACGGUAGAGACGGAGAGGCAAUGGCAGAUUAGGAAGUGAAGUGGAGAUUAAAUAGUUGAGUUUUUAGUGGUUUCUUGAAAACAGCGAGUGACUCUGCCAUCCUGAUGCAGU